GGGCCGCCAUUUUCUGUGAGCGCCGAGCGAGCGGCGCCGGCGCAGAUGAUGUGCUUCGUCCUUUUGUUAUAGGACUUCAUUCACUUAAAGGAAAACUAAAGACCGCACCCAUGGAGCACAUUCAGGGAGCUUGGAAGACUAUCAGCAAUGGGUUUGGACUCAAGGAUUCUGUGUUUGAUGGCCCCAACUGUAUUUCCCCCACCAUUGUGCAGCAGUUUGGGUACCAGCGCCGAGCCUCUGACGAUGGCAAAAUAUCCGACACUUCCAAAACCAGCAACACCAUCCGCGUGUUCCUGCCCAACAAGCAGCGCACCGUGGUGAACGUGCGAAAUGGGAUGACCCUGCACGACUGUCUGAUGAAGGCACUGAAAGUGAGAGGGCUGCAGCCAGAAUGCUGUGCAGUUUUUCGACUUCCUGAAACGAAAGGAAAAAAGGUGCGUUUGGAUUGGAACACGGACGCUGCCUCCUUGAUUGGAGAGGAGCUGCAAGUGGACUUCCUUGAUCAUGUUCCGCUCACUACACACAACUUUGCUCGGAAGACCUUCCUGAAGUUGGCCUUCUGUGACAUCUGCCAGAAGUUCCUGCUCAAUGGCUUCCGCUGUCAGACCUGUGGCUACAAAUUCCACGAGCACUGCAGCACCAAGGUCCCGACCAUGUGUGUGGACUGGAGCAACAUCAGGCAGCUCUUAUUGUUCCCAAAUUCAAAUAUCAGUGACAGUGGUGUCCCUGCACUACCUCCCUUGACAAUGAGGCGGAUGCGGGAGUCUGUCUCCCGGCUACCUGUUAGUUCCCAGCACAGGUAUUCUACACCUCAUGCCUUCACAUUCAACACCUCCCAUCCUUCCUCUGAGGGCUCUCUGUCUCAAAGACAGCGAUCCACAUCCACACCAAAUGUCCACAUGGUCAGCACUACAAUGCCUGUAGACAGCAGGAUAAUUGAGGAUGCAAUUCGAAGCCAUAGUGAAUCAGCCUCACCCUCUGCUCUGUCUGGAAGUCCUAACAAUAUGAGCCCAACUGGCUGGUCUCAGCCUAAAACCCCAGUCCCAGCCCAAAGAGAGAGAGCUGCUGGAUCUAAUACACAAGAAAAGAACAAAAUUAGGCCUCGUGGACAGAGAGAUUCCAGUUAUUACUGGGAAAUAGAAGCCAGUGAAGUCAUGCUUUCCACCAGGAUAGGGUCAGGUUCCUUUGGAACAGUUUACAAAGGCAAAUGGCACGGGGAUGUAGCAGUGAAGAUACUAAAGGUGGUAGAUCCAACCCCAGAGCAGUUCCAGGCUUUCAGAAAUGAAGUGGCUGUGCUGAGGAAGACUCGGCACGUGAACAUCUUGCUCUUCAUGGGCUACAUGACCAAGGACAACCUGGCCAUCGUGACCCAGUGGUGCGAGGGCAGCAGUUUGUACAAACACCUGCACGUCCAGGAGACCAAGUUCCAGAUGUUCCAGCUCAUCGACAUCGCCCGGCAGACAGCACAGGGCAUGGACUAUUUACAUGCAAAGAACAUCAUCCACAGAGACAUGAAAUCCAAUAAUAUAUUUCUGCACGAAGGCCUCACAGUGAAGAUCGGAGACUUCGGGCUGGCCACGGUGAAGUCGCGCUGGAGCGGAUCCCAGCAGGUGGAGCAGCCCACGGGCUCCAUCCUGUGGAUGGCCCCCGAGGUGAUCCGGAUGCAGGACAGCAACCCCUUCAGCUUCCAGUCAGAUGUCUACUCCUAUGGAAUAGUGUUAUAUGAGCUGAUGACAGGAGAGCUGCCCUACUCCCACAUAAACAACCGAGAUCAGAUCAUUUUCAUGGUUGGCCGAGGUUAUGCUUCCCCAGACCUCAGUAAACUGUACAAGAACUGCCCCAAAGCAAUGAAGAGGCUUGUAGCAGAUUGCUUGAAGAAGGUUAGGGAAGAACGACCUCUGUUUCCACAGAUCCUGUCGUCCAUCGAGCUGCUGCAGCACUCCCUGCCCAAGAUCAACCGCAGCGCGUCGGAGCCGUCGUUGCACCGCGCGGCGCACACGGAGGACAUCAACGCCUGCACCCUCACCUCCUCCAAGCUGCCCGUCUUCUAGGCCUGCCCCUGCCCCGCUCGGGGACAGGCACACAGGGACACUUGUGCUCUCCGUGCCUCGUGCCCAGACCAGUGCCAGAGGGAUCCCUGGUCCCCUCGUCCCAGCAAGCUGCUAAGGAUCCGUGCUCAGCCCUCCCGGCCUGCCCUGCCGUGCCCUGGGCAGGGACAGACUGCAGAUCAAGAGAUCUAUUACUGGUUUUUUAAUAGAUGCACUUGAGCCUUACUUUGCCCACGCCUGGAAGCAGAUGAUGUUCCUUUGGCAGUGGUUCUGGACAGGCUGGAUCUGUGCUGAGGGGGUGUUUUCCACAGCCAGGGUGGCUCUGAGGACAAGGUCGUGGUGCUCUGAUUGCCCCAUGCCACGUGCCACCUCGAGGUGGGGGAGCUGUGCCUGCAAUGGGUCUGCAAACAAGACUGAGGGAAGAGGAAAUAACUCUGGAAAUCAGCUCCUGCCCUAAGAGCUUCAUCAAGCCAAUGAAAUAAGUUAAAAUGCUAAUUCAACACGAAAUAGUUUUGCAAUAGUUUUGCACAUAGAAGAAAAACUCUUGCAAAAGAAUGGAAUCUGUUCUGAAUUGUCCUGCUCAGAGAAGGAAGCAGCCAGUCAUGGUCAUCCUGAGAAGCCUCACAGCUGACUUUGGUACUAAGGUCCCUGCAGCCCAGGAGGUGGAGAGUGUGGAAGCACAGCCUUGGGGCUGGCAAAGGCUGAGGGACAUUAUCCGUCUGCAUCCCAUCGGAAGCUGUCGUGCAAGAGAUGCACUAUCAAGAGGAAACUGAGCAUAUACAGUUUUUCUUGCUGAUUUGGGGUUUAAUUUUGUUUUUAUUGCUCCUGAGAAAAUGCAUUUAUUGUAAGCCAAGGUUCCUCUGAUUAUCUUAUUUUAAUAAAAUAAAUUAAAUUUUAGGUGUA